AACUGUUAUGUUGCCUGGCACCCCAAGAACACCAUUACUCACCAAUAUCAACACUACCACUCGUUUGCCAUCCACUCCCAGCACUCCAACUCUAAAUAAUAGCCAGCCAAAGUUUGUUAUAGUUGGUACUGGAAGGAAGAAUACAUCUACCUCUAGUACUUUGCAUACAACUGCACAGACAACUACUUUAGUAAAGAUUGUGACUACCAGUGCUGCGUCUACCACGCAGAAACUACUGACAAGCAGUGCAGGGGGUAAAUAUGUAGUGAUGUCAGUGCCUUCCUCACCAUCCACAACUACACCUAUGUCACAGCCUAGUGCAACCAUACAGAAAUCUACCAUCACCACAGGGGCUACCAGCAUGUUGAUGUCCUUAGCACAAGCUGCCAGUGCUCAGAGUCCUGUUACAACAUCCAGUCCAGCUGCUGUUAGCGCUGGCAAUGGAACUGCGAAAACUGAAAUGCCCAUGCCUAAACUGGCCCCUAUUAUCAAACCAGGAACCCCAACUAGUCCUCAAAUAAUUGUGACUGUGAAAAAAGAAAAAGAAGGCUCAGACCCACCAUAAUAAAAUGACUGUUAUACAAAUAACUGUGAAACUGAAACAAGAAAUGAAAACUGCCAUGGUAUCAUUACUAUGUCCC